GCGCGGAAGCGUCUCGGCUCGAGCGUCCGCGUGCGCGUCUCGCGACGCGCUCCCGUCGUGACGUCGGCGUCGUCGUCCGUCGAGUCCGCGGGGUUCUCGGAGAUGUCCGCGGGGAGAGACCGGAAGUACUACAUGGUCGGCGGCAAAGGCGGCGUCGGGAAGACGUCGCUGUCGUCCUCGCUCGCGGUGAAGUUCGCGAUGAACGGGCACCCGACGCUGCUCGUGUCCACGGAUCCCGCGCACUCGCUGAGCGAUUCCCUCGCGCAGGACGUCACCGGCGGCGUCCCGGUCUGCGUCGACGGCACGGACGCGCAGCUGUACGCGAUGGAGGUGGACCCGAACCAAGCGAAGGAGGAGUUCGCCGCGUUCGCGAAGCAGACGGACAUGUCCCAAGGCGCGAAAGACUUCAUGGGCAGCGUCGGCCUGGGCGGGCUCGCGGAUCAGCUCGGAGAUCUCAAGCUCGGCGAACUCCUGGACACGCCGCCGCCGGGGCUCGACGAGGCGAUCGCGAUAUCCAAGGUGGUGCAGUUCAUCAAAGACGAGAAGUACGCCAAGUUCACGAGGAUCGUGUUCGACACCGCGCCGACCGGGCACACGCUGCGGUUGCUGUCGCUGCCGGACUUUUUGGACAAGAGCAUCGGUAAGAUCGUCCGCCUCCGGCAAAAGCUGACGUCGGCGACGGACGCGGUGAAAGGGCUCUUCGGCGUGGACGACGGCAAACAGGACGAGGCCGUCGCGAAGCUCGAGAAGCUCAAGGCGCAACUCCAGGAGGUGAAGGAUCUGUUCCGGAACGAGAAGACGACCGAGUUUGUCAUCGUGACGAUCCCCACGGUGCUCGGCAUCUCCGAGAGCGGCCGGCUGCUGUCGUCGCUCGAAAAGGAAAAGGUGCCAACGCGUCGCCUCGUCGUGAACCAGAUCGGCGCGGUGACCAAAGACGCGCAAACCGCGGUGAACUUUUGCGCGGUCAAGGCGAAGGACCAGCGGCGCGCGAUGGAGAUGUUGGACGAGGACGCCGGGUUGAGAGGGCUGCGGAGGAUCGAGGCGCCGCUGUUCGACAUGGAGAUCCGCGGCGUCCCGGCGCUGCAGUUCAUGGCGGGGCAGGUGUGGACGGAGUAGGCGUGCGUUAGACGUCAACCGUUAAGCAAUUCAUCAUUCACAC